GAAAUAAACGCUACACAAUGUAACUCGAAAUGAUGUAUAGUUUGUAUCAGUUUAAUUUAUUGUGUGGCUAUUCGAAGAAUAUUCGCAUGUCAGCACAGGUGCCUACUGUAAACCAUAUCUAGACUGAUCGGGACAAGGUUUCAGGAUGGUGUCCAUUUGGAGGUCCCCUGUUCUUUGUAUUGUAAACCGGUGAAGAUGUUUUGACAAAACACGUUGCUCAACCCUCAUUCUAUUCCCAGUGCCUUGAUCAAAGGAGACGCUAUCAUGGUGAGGUGCAGUUUUUCCUGUUUGUUCCCGGCCUCCUGGCACUUCAGCAUCGCGCCGGUCGGGUUCCCUCGUAUUCUCGUCGCUGCCCUUCGCCAGAUAAUCCUGAUCGGGCUCUGCAUCGCGCUCCUGGUUCUGCUGUACUUCUUCCUUGUCCUGGGGAGGAACAAGCAGGGCUGGCUACACAAAGACAACAAGUUUCACAGGUACCUGGCUCAAGUGACUGACGUCGAAGCAACAGACACCAGCAACCCCAACCUGAACUACGGCAUCGUAGUGGACUGUGGCAGCAGUGGCUCCCGAGUGUUUGUGUAUUGCUGGCCAAGGCACAACGGGAACCCACAUGACCUGCUGGACAUCAAACAGAUGAGGGACAAGAACAGGAAGCCCGUGGUCAUGAAAAUCAAACCAGGGAUUUCAGACCUGGCAAUGACCCCAGAAAAAGCCAGCGAUUAUAUUUACACCCUCCUGAGCUUCGCGUCUCAACACAUCCCCAAGGUGAAGCACAAGGAGUCGCCCCUCUACAUACUCUGCACCGCUGGCAUGAGAGUCCUGCCGGAGAGUCAGCAGGAAGCCUUGCUGGAAGAUCUCCGCACUGAUAUCCCAGUGCAUUUCGACUUCCUGUUCUCAGACUCUCACGUGGAGGUUAUAUCCGGCAAGCAAGAGGGUAAGAGAAACCGUAGCCAGCGUCUCUCAAUUGGAAGUUUUCUACCGGAAAGUUGGUCAGUGAUAAAGCUUUUCAUUGUCGGUGUCUAUGCAUGGAUUGGCAUUAAUUUUGUGCUCGGAAGAUUUGAUCAUAUUGAAGAUGAUGACACGGUGGUGGAGGUGCAGGUGCCAGGCAGUGAGAACCAGGAGGCUGUGAUCCGAAAGCGCACGGCUGGGGUCCUGGAUAUGGGUGGCGUCUCCACCCAGAUCGCGUACGAAGUCCCCAAAACUGUAAGCUUUGCCUCUUCACAGCAGGAAGAAGUGGCAAAAAACUUGCUGGCUGAGUUCAAUCUGGGCUGCGACGCUCACCGCACUGAGCAUGUGUACCGGGUGUAUGUGACCACCUUCCUGGGGUUCGGAGGCAACGCUGCCCGCCAGAGAUACGAGGAGAGCAUCAUCGCCAAGACCGGGCUUGAAAACAGUCUUUUAGGAAAACAUACAGGAGAGACGUCAGAGUCCCCUUACUUGGACCCUUGCUUGCCCCUGGAUGUCGUCGACGAAAUCCAACACAACGGAAAGACUCUGCUGCUCCGUGGCACUGGGGACUUUGAUCGCUGUCGGGUGUUGAUCCAGCCUUUUAUGAACAAGACCAACGAGACCCAGUCCUCCCUGAAUGGAGUAUACCAGCCCCCCAUAGACUACCAGAACAGCGAGUUCUAUGGAUUCUCCGAGUUCUACUACUGUACUGAAGACGUUCUGCGCAUGGGGGGGAAUUACAACGUUACAAAGUACACCAAUGCUGCUAAGAAUUACUGCGCCACCAAGUGGACAACGCUGAAAGAGCGGUUCGAUCGCGGCCUGUAUGCAUCGCAUGCUGAUCUUCACAGACUGAAGUACCAGUGUUUUAAAUCUGCCUGGAUGCAUGAGGUUUUCCACACAGGAUUCUCCUUCCCAGAAAACUACAGGAAUCUGAAGACUGCUCUGCUGGUCUAUGAUAAAGAAGUACAGUGGACCCUCGGGGCCAUCCUGUACAGAACAAGGUUCUUGCCUCUCCGGGACAUUCAACAAGAGAACUUUAAAGCAAGCCAUUAUCACUGGAGGGGCUUCUCCUUCGUUUACAACCACUAUUUAUUCCUGGUGUGUUUCCUGGUCGUCCUGCUGUCCAUCCUGCUGUACCUGCUGCGCCUGCGCCGUAUUCACCGCCGCAUGCCGCGCAGCACGUCCUCGUCGGCACUGUGGAUGGAGGAGGGGGGGGCGGCGGCGAUGAAGAUGCCAGGCACUCUGUAACCAGCAGCUUCCAGAAACCACAGCCGUUCAAGAGCAAGCGGGGCUGCGCUGGUCGGCUGCACGAUUCCCACGUGGAUGAAACGCACGCAGUCUGUACACCUGGGGGCGUGAUUGCUUUUUACCCCCGCAGUGAUCUGUGUGCCAAUGAGAUGCACAUUGAACUUACACAGCUCUGGAUUCAGUGGAACUUUUCUUGAACAAUUCCUUCUCCACAAACUUUCUUAUUGUGGAUGAUGCAAACUUUUUUUUUUUUUUUAAAACCUGCCUUUUAACAUCCCUGUCCAGUUAAAAGUGGUUUUGAAGAUGUUUCUGUGAACUCCAGUAUGUGCAUAUUUGAUGUGUGUGUUUUUGGUUUUUUUUUUUUAAAUAGUAAAUUGUGAAAAGGUUACGCAUUGCAUUGGAUAAGUGAUCAAUAUCGGACUACUGGACCAUCACCAUUGCAUAUCAUGAAUGUGCUGUUAGUGAUAUUGGUGACUGAUUGUUGUGCUUGGAAUGGCUCAUCUGCUUCUGUUUGUUUGUUUGUUUAUUUAUAUUAUUAUUAAUAAACUAGAUGUAGCUUCGUUUUCUGAAGCACCAGUGUCACUGCUCUAAUAAUACACAUUUAUUUUAGUUUUUAUUUUUUUAAAUAGGUGGUGAAAUAAACUGCUGUAUUUAUAAAGGACUGUAUUUAAAUUAAUUUAUCAUUUGCUCAGAAAAGUGUGUCGUCGUCCAAAUUUUUUUUCUCUCUCAAAAUAGGAAUGCAGAAUUCGACUGUAAUAAAAUGCAGUUAAUGUU